AUGAACACUGGCCACGGCCGCAAUGCUUGCUCCGUUCGUGGGUACUUAUCGUCGUCAGAGCCGCAUCUGCAGCAGCUAGCCUCCGUUGCCGCUUCCGCAUCACCUCCUCGAUCUCGUGUCAUGGUUCUGCCCUUACCCGCACAGGGCCAUGUCAUGCCGCUGUUGGAGCUAUCCCACUGCCUCGUGGAGCAUGGCUUCGAGGUUGCCUUCGUGAAUACGGAUUACAACCAUGCCCGCAUCCUCGUGGCCUUGGCAAGAGGAGAGGCGGGAGCGACAGCCCCGCCUACAGGCGGGAUCAAGCUGGUCUCCUUCCCGGACAGCAUGGGUCCCGACGACGACUGCACAAACAUCAUCAAGCUGCUGGAAGGCUUGCCGGCGAUGAUGCUCGGCACCCUCGAGGAGACGAUCAGGUCCAGGAAGAUCAGGUGGAUGGUGGACGAAGUGUCCUUGAGCUUUGUUCGUGAUCUGGUCCCCACGGUUGGCGUGCGCGUCGCCCUAUUCUCCACUUUCUCGGCAGCCAUCUUCAUGCUGCGGGUGUACAUUCCCAAGAUGGUAGAGGAUGGCAUCAUCGGCGAAAUAGGGAAUGCGAGAGGGAAUGAGAAGAUCCAGCUGAGCCCGAAGAUGCCAGCCAUUGGCGCCGCCGAGCUUCCCAGGUUCAGCCUCGGUAGGGUCCCUGAGUCACGCAUCGCCAUGAUACAGAGCGUGAUCAAGACCAUCCCAACAUUGAGGCUCACCGAGACCAUUGUUUGCAACACGUUCCAGGAGAUCGAGUCCGGGGCGCUGGCCCUCCUGCCCAUACUAGCUCUUCCCAUCGGCCCGCUAGAGGCGCCCAGGUCCACACCUACCGGUGGCCAUUUCGGGGCCCAAGAGGAAACCUGCCUCCCAUGGCCCGACAUAGGCUCCUCCCCUCGUGUAGGUAGCAGAAGCAGCAGCACGCAGACGGUGCAGCCAAGUCCAGGAGGGUUUCCAGCCUGCCAAUUUACCAUGCCAUGCCUCGGCUUUCUAGAGGAUUCCGCCAUAGUUUGCGACCUACCAUCAACCUAA